AUGAACAUUCCCUGUUUCAAACUUGUUUCUCCAUUCUUUCUUUCAAAACCCCAAUUCCCAAUUCAACUUCAAAAAAGUUUCUUCUCAAGGUUAGGAUUGUGAGAGAAGGAUGGCAAAUAGAGUAGAUAAUGAAUAUGAUUAUUUAUUCAAGAUAGUGUUGAUUGGGGAUUCAGGUGUUGGCAAAUCAAAUAUACUUUCAAGAUUUACAAGGAAUGAAUUCUGUUUGGAAUCCAAAUCUACUAUUGGUGUUGAGUUUGCUACUAGAACCCUUCAGGUUGAUGGAAAGACAGUUAAGGCUCAAAUUUGGGACACAGCAGGACAAGAGAGGUAUAGAGCCAUAACAAGUGCAUACUAUAGAGGUGCAGUCGGGGCCCUUCUUGUGUACGACAUAACCAAAAGUCAAACCUUUGACAAUGUCAAUAGGUGGCUGCGUGAGCUGAGAGACCACGCAGACUCCAAUAUUGUCAUCAUGAUGGCUGGAAACAAAUCCGAUUUGAACCAUCUCAGAGCUGUCGCUGAGCAAGAUGGGCAAUCAUUGGCCGAAAAAGAAGGGCUUUCAUUUCUUGAAACAUCAGCACUUGAAGCAAAAAAUGUCGAGAAAGCAUUUCAAACUGUUUUAACAGAAAUAUAUCAUGUUAUAAGCAAGAAAGCAUUGGCAGCCCAAGAAGCAAAUGCUACUAAAAGUGCCUUACCUGGCCAAGGGACCACCAUUAACGUUGGAGAUACAUCUGUGAACACAAAGAAGGGUUGUUGUUCAACUUGAGUUGAAUGUUCUGAGGCCUAAAGAUUCGGUAAGAAGCGCAGGCUGCGUUUAUUUCAUCAUUCUUUUCUUUUUUGUUUGUAAUCGAGAAAUACUUUACCUUAACCUUGUAGAAUACCCGUCUUACUUGAGAACCAAUAUUGUUGUGAAAAUUGAAACAUGGUUUAGUAUAAUCUAUUGUAUUA